AACUUGCAUCGAGUCGAAGAACACCGCUUUAAAGAUGACAAAAUCUUGAAAAAACACAGUGACACGAAAUCUCGAAUCCUUUGUCCCUUUUACGACACUAGUGUAUAUAUUAUACAUACAUACAUAUAUAUAUAUUUUUUUCUUUCUAUAUAUCAUCGGUUCGUUUCGAUUUUUCAAAGAAAAAUGACCAGUCUCGAUGAUCACGUAAUGGUAGAUAACCUAGAAUACGCCACAUCAAUCAUCUCGCGAGUGGGGAAUCUUCGCAAGGUCCUUCGAGAAUUGCGGAAUGCUCUUCGAGAAGAGAGAUUAAAUCUUCAUCAAGAAAUAGAAAUGACAAUAUUGCAAAAGUUUAUCGACUUGCAACGUAAAUACGAUAGCUUAGCAGAUCACACAAGAUAUAACUCAUGGAUUCUGGCAACCCCGUCGAAAUUACACCAGAGAGUGAGCUCGAAAGGAAACAUGGCCAAGAUCAAGUACCUCGCAUGCCUCGGCAGCUCGAUGUAUCAGAGAACCGUGGACGAGUUGCAAGACGAGCUGAACUCGUUCGAGCAUCGUCUUUCAACAUCGGCGACGACCGCCUUCUAUAAAAGGAAAAUUUACGACCUCGAGGCGAUCUGUUGUGCUGAUCUAAACAGAGUGAAGUCCAGGUUCGUGAGGUCCCUUCAGGCCUUCGAGAAUACGAUUGACUCGAUCGAGGAGCCACGCUCGCGGAGGAUCGGCGCGGAGGGCUGCCGUUGCUCAAAGAACCAUCUAACCGGCUAUAACGUGGACGCUUACCGGCAUGAAAGGCCAGCCACGAGGAAUGCCAAACACGACCGAUCGUUACCGCGUUCCAAGUCAGUGAACAUGGAAACCAAUCGUAAUCUGUGGCUGACGUAUAUGUGUAAGAAACGGUACAGUGACAGUGAAAUGUAUAGCAAAACUUACAGAUCUAUGAAAUCUUUUGAAGAUCCCCAAGCAGCAGAUAUUAAUGACUUCAAUUAUCGUUUAAGAUUUAACAAAAGUUUCACCAUGAUUUCUUCGAGUAAUGGGGAAAUUUCUAAUAUAUUAUUUUGAGAACAAGUUUUGAAAAAGAUCGUUAAAUCAUCAUUAAUAAAUUCUAUUUUAUGAAUUCGAUCCUGGAAUCUAUAGUUUAUUAACAUAGUAUUCUGCAAGCUUGAAAAUUAUACUUCGUUAAGAAGAAGCCUGGGAGCAAAAGGAUAAUCAUCACAACACUAAAUUAUGAUUCUCAUGACAAUCCCUAGAAAUGUCUUAGAUUUUCUUGUCCUCUUCAAAGUUAACGGAAAAAUAAUAUAUGUCAUCAAUUUUCCAUUGCCUCAGUUUUGUAACCGCAAUAUUUUAUUAUUUAUAAAUUGUUUUGUCAUAA